AUGCAAAAAAGCCACUGCCUUACCGAAAACUUUGCGCUGUUGUACUCCUUUGUUUUACCAGAUGAUCUAUUGGUAAUUCCAGUAGAACAGUUUAAAGUGAUUUCCCAUGCUUUGCUGCAUAUUCAUAAACAAGACGUGGAGCGAAAAAUAAAAAAUUUGAAAAGUCAUUUUGCAAGGGAAAGGAAGAAAAAAGCCGAAACAAGAAGAACUGGAAGUAGCGCUGACGAACCCUACGUGAGCAAAUGGUUUGCUUACCAAGCUUUGCUGUUCCUAGCGGAAACGAAUAAACCAAGAAACACCGUGAACAAUGUUGAGGACCAGCUAGCUGUGAUUACCCCAACGAAAGUGCCAAAAACCAAGGAUUUCAAGUUGCCUAAAACACCCAAAACCAAAUCCGCUAAACGGAAGCUUACAGAUAAUCUUGCCUCAUCCAAUACACCUAUUUUGAAUAAACCAUUGAAUCUUAUGAGAUUGAUCCAGUCAAGAAGAGUUGACAGCAAAAGCAAAGAUAAAUAUUCGUUGUUUGGCGAACAAGUAGCAAUGAAGCUACGCAGGAUAACUUCUUUGCGAAAAAUAUUUAUGGUGCAAAAUUCCAUAACACAAGUCCUAUUUGAUGUUGAAAUGGGGAUGUACGUACCUCACACUGCACAAUCUGGAGCUACGUAUGGCAACAUACAACCAUCUACUUCAACCAGGCUAUUUUCUGCUUUCUCUUCGUCGUAUCAAUCGUCACCUGGCAUAUCACUCAGCCAGACGCAGAAUGAUUCACCUCACCCAUCCCAUUCAGCAUCACCUUCAUAUUCCCAAUUGCCUUCACCUUUAUGUUCCCAAUCGCCUUCACCUUCAUCCAUUUUUUCUGAUAUCAUUAUUGAACCAUUUUCACGUGACAUCCUUCAAACGCCUUACCUACAUGAAGAUGAAAUUCAGCACUGA